AAUUUAAACACUGCCUUUGGAAGAAGACAAGUCGACACGACAGUAAAUAUCAAGCGUUCAAUUGGCACUGUUAUUUGUUCUGAAUGCUGCAAUUCAAAACUGUUUCCUCUAUGUAACAUAGGUGGAUGUGGUAUAAAGAAACCAACACUUCCAGUGGGGUCAAAAAUCUGCUAUAAGUGUCCAAGUUCUAUACAUCCAGACGAAUGCACCCAGAUAACUCUAUGUAAUAAAAAUCAGUCCUGCUUUAUAACAGAGACUAAAAACCUUUUGGGACAUCAUCGAUGGCAACAUGGAUGUAUAGACAAACAGAGUUGUUCAUCACAGUCAAACUCUGCUUCAUCGCCUUGUAUGCAUUGCUGUGAUGUGGAUGUCUGCAACGAUCAGUGUAAAAAAACAACAAUAACCAUAUCAACUUUGAAACCGUCAACUUCUCCUACGAAACCCCUGACAGUCAAGUCAACGACGUCCCAGAUUAAAUCAACAAGAACUCAAGCAUCAACCAUGACACCAACGUUUACAACAAACACUCAGGAAACGACGAAGAUUUCAACUCUCAAAACGACAGCUAUUCCAACUGUCCAAUCUACAACGAUUCCAACUACAAAAAUUACAGCAGCUCCAACUCUCCAAUCUACAACAACUCCACCUAAACAAACGACGAUUGCAACUCGCCGAACAACGACAGCUCAACAACUAUUAUCUACUACUGACACAACAACACAAUCAGAACCUACAACAGCAUACCAAUCGACGUUGAGUAGUCCGAUUAUUAUUGAUGUAACCAGAAUUCCACAAGUUAUCCAUUUUGGCGAAAACGUCAGCAUUAGAUGUACAGCCAUUGGUUAUCCGCCGCCAGUUUACAAUUUUGAAUUCAGGGAUGGACCGCUACCAAGUAAUGCACAUGUGACAGGAAAUACGUUAACUAUACAAAACUUUGUGUCUACCAAUGUGGGCAAUUAUGAAUGCAUAGCUAGUAAUUCAGAAGGAACUGGAAAUUAUGGAGUACAUCUUCAAGCAUUUCUUUAAUAAAAUUAUAUAUUUUUUGUGUUUUAAUAGAGUUCAUACUGGU